AUGGCGGCAGCUCGCUUACGGUUGUCUAAAAGCGACUUUGUCAAUCCGGAUGUACUGGAUGCGGUGAACCCACACCCAGUUUGGGGCUAUGCACACGGACCUAUUCCAAAUAAUAAUCCUGAUUGGGAUUUUAAACGGCCCCGAGGCCGCUAUGUAUCGAAGAAAGAACAGAUACUUGCUCUUGCUAGUGAAGGGUCACCAGCUCCUAUGGUCACUAUGAAUAGCUAUAACACAGUGGUUUGCGAUAUCUUGAUUCAAGGCAAUCGGAUGUGCGGGGCUGGUUUCCAAAACGGGAGAAAUUUCAGCGCUCAUAUUCGUAUAUUUCAUUCUGGUGCCGCUAACCCGUUGGGUUUCCGGUCCAUCGAUGAAAAGACUGCUGGGGAUAACGCGAUAAAACGCUGGGUGUUGAUGGGAGGCUGGCGCAAUGCCCUCUAUGUCAAGGAACCUAAUCAGAAGGAUAUUCAUAAUUCUAUGAUCGGCUACUAUUGUGAUGCGUUGGAGGAAAUUGCGCGCACUGAUGUCCAAUUUGCUGUAGAGUACGGAACCCAAUUUCACCGAGCCAGCCGUCGAUCCGGAUACGUACGCGGAAUCCUUCUUCCUCCCAAUCAACCGAUGCCCUUAGUUGCGCCGUCAACACCCGGUAGCGACCACUCUCUGAAACCCUCUAGAUGUGAACAGUCUACUCAAAUUGAACCCACAUCUGACAAUGACCCCGAUGUGAACCCUGAUUUUACAUCUGGAUCUGGACCUGAUUGCGAAAAUGUGUCCCAGUCUGUGUCCGAGAUUGACUCUGAGCUCGAGGACCAAGAAGAGUGGCCGAUUGAUGCUGUCACUGAUAUCUUUGCUGGGCUGUAUCUGCCGUCAAGCAAUUUGGAUGCGGCAUAUGGCCCUAUCUCUGAAGAAAUGGACCGAGUAUGCAUGAGGAAGGAAGAUUGCAGUCAAUCAGACUAA